ACGAGCGUAGAGGACCCAACCCUCUUUACGUCCGCAUUUCUCCUCCCUCCUGCGAAUUCUUCCGUCGCCGUCAUCGUCGUUAUCAUCAACAUCAACGUCGUCACCGUCGCUCGAGUUACCGGCGAGUUUCCUCUCCUUCGCGAAACGCAGGCUUCGACCGAGGCUUGCUCGCGUUUAAGGAUAUUCCCUCUCGACGCCGCGCGUCGAUAAUUCUCUCUUUCGUGCGCGCCCUGCCGAAUUUUACCUCCCGAGCCCCUCUCCCAUUCUCCCUUCCUCCCUCCCUCCCUUCCUCCCUUCCUCCCUCUCUUUCUCUCGCCCUCCGAUCUGUUCCGAUCCUGUCGCGCGACGGAAACGAUCAACGACGACCGCCGGUAGUCCGGUCCUCCCCACCCAGGAUCAUCUCCUUGAUGAUACGCACUAGGUGUCAGCUACUCGAAGCUGCGACGAGUAACGUGACUAACGCGACAACAAUGACGGUAAUAGAAUGUUAAAUUUGGGAAUGGACUGACAGAGGAUUCAAUAAAAUUAGACGGUUUGGGCAAGGAAUACAAAGAUAAGAGGGCAAGGUGUCUGGAGUAGGCCUCGGGCAUCAAAUUAUCAACAACUCGACUAUGCCAGCUGUUGCAAGGCCUGGUAAUUUAAAGGACCCAGAGAUUGCCGAAUUAUUCGAGAAAAAUGAUCCGGAAAAAAUAUUUGAGGAUCUACGCGAGAUCGGGCAUGGUAGUUUCGGAGCUGUUUACUAUGCACGAUGCCUGGUUACCAAAGAAAUUGUUGCCAUCAAAAAAAUGUCUUACCUGGGGAAGCAGACGGUGGAAAAAUGGCAGGACAUUUUAAAGGAGAUUCGAUUUCUUAGGCAACUUAACCAUCCUAACACUAUAGAAUAUAAGGGUUGCUAUCUCAGGGACCACACUGCCUGGUUGGUGAUGGAAUAUUGUCUUGGUUCAGCAUCAGACAUUAUUGAGGUACACAAAAGACCAUUAAAAGAAGAAGAGAUAGCUGCAAUAUGCGAAGGUGUAUUACGCGGUUUGCAUUAUCUUCAUUCUCUUGGAAGAAUCCAUCGUGAUGUGAAAGCAGGCAAUGUUCUGCUUACUGAGAAUGGUACAGUGAAAUUAGCUGAUUUCGGUUCCGCGAGUAUAAAAUGUCCAGCCAACAGUUUCGUAGGAACUCCAUACUGGAUGGCGCCAGAAGUUAUAUUGGCGAUGGACGAGGGGCAAUAUGAUGGCAAGGUUGAUGUAUGGUCGUUAGGAAUAACGUGCAUCGAAUUAGCGGAAAGAAAGCCACCUUAUUUUAAUAUGAAUGCUAUGAGCGCCUUGUAUCAUAUUGCACAAAACGAUACUCCAACAUUAAAUUCACCAGAUUGGACUGAUAUCUUUCGACAUUUUGUUGAGGUGUGUCUCACAAAAAGUCCAAUCGAAAGACCAACAUCCGGGAAACUGUUAUCACAUCAAUUUGUCACCAGACCACGUUCUCCUCAAGUUUUGAUAGAUUUGAUACAGAGAACGAAAGCUGCUGUCCGGGAAUUAGAUAAUUUGAAUUAUCGUAAAAUGAAGAAAAUCUUGAUGAUUGACGCAUGCGAGACAGAGAGCACUGUUGGUGACGCUGACGAUACUCCCGAUGAACAAACAGGUGGUGAUAGUAGCAAAAGCAAUUCAAUUACCUCAGAACACUCUAUACAUUCAAUGGGCGUCUCAGCGAGCUCUCAAAGUUCCUCCACCAAUAGCCUGCCGCUGCCGAAUGCCGAUGGUAAUGACUAUUCUUCAGGAUCUGUUAGAAAUCGGCAUAAAGUCUCAGCAGGUGGUGUCACUGCCAAUCUUCUUGAACACGGUGCCAAUAAUUUUGCAACAAUUAGGACAACUUCAAUUGUUACGAAACAACAGAAGGAACAUAUGCAAGAAGAGAUGCAUGAACAAAUGAGUGGAUAUAAACGAAUGAGGAGAGAACACCAAGGUGCUUUGGUGAAAUUAGAGGAACGCUGCAAGAUGGAAAUGGAGUCACAUAAACAACUGUUAGACAAAGAGUAUGAAACUCUAUUGCAACAGUUUAGUAAAGAUCUCGAGAAAUUGCAGCUCAGACAUCUGCAAGAGUUGGAACGCAAAUUAAAACAAAAUCAAAAUGCUGAGAAGAAACUUCAUAAAGAGAUAACAAGUAGGCAGGAGGCUGAUCGUAAAGCUCUGGAAGCUCAACAAAAAAGAGAGUACAAAGCUUAUAAGGAGAGAUGGAAAAAAGAACUUUCUCAGGAUGAGGUAACUCCAAAGAGGCAACGAGAUGCUACACUUCAAAGUCAAAAAGAUAAUUUAAGGCAGAUGGAAGCUCAAGAGGAACAGCGGCUUGCGAGAGGACAACGAGAAUAUUUGGAUCUUGAAAUAAGAAAAUUCCGUAGAAAAAAGUUACUCAUCUUUCAUAGUUUGGAGCAAGAGCUUCUUCGUGAGGAAUUAAAUAAACGACAACAGCAAUUAGAACAAGCACAUGCUAUGCUUCUGCGACACCAUGAAAAGACACAAGAAUUAGAAUAUAGACAACAAAGAGCAGUACAUGCACUUCGUGAGGAUCAAGUGCAUCGACAACAUACAACAGAGCUUUGUAAUCAGCAGGAUUACAUGCAAAGGGCUGAACGUGAUCUACGUAAAAAGCAUGCAUUGGAACUUAAGCAACAACCGAAGAGUCUCAAGCAAAAGGAAAUGCAAAUCCGUAAACAGUUUAGAGAAACUUGUAAAAUACAAACACGACAAUAUAAAGCAUUGAAAGCUCAAAUCUUGCAAACAACUGCUAAGGAUGAGCAGAAGGCAGUUAUUAAAAAGCUAAAAGAAGAACAAAGGCGUAAAUUGGCACUUCUAGGUGAUCAAUAUGAGCAGAGUAUCGCUGAAAUGCUCCAAAAGCAAAGUAUACGGCUAGAUGAAUCACAAGAAGUAGAAUGCCAUAAUCUUAAGGAAAGGUUAAAUUAUGAAUUAGAAAUUCUAAUGGCAUACCAAUCAAAAAAUAAGAUGCAAGCCGAGGCGCAAAGAAACAGGGAACGUCGUGAGUUGGAAGAUCGUGUAUCCGUUAGACGAGCUUUGCUUGAACAAAAAAUGGAAUUAGAAACUCAGGAAUUCCUUCGUGAACGUAGUGAACGUAUACGCCUGCUACAUGAAAGGCAAGAACGGGAAUUGCAGCAAUUUGAUGAGGAAAGUGCAAGAAUAGGAUUCAGUGCUCUGGCGAUAGCUGAGGCAUCGAAAGAAUCUUAUCCGGACGAUGAAAGCCUUAGUGGCUCUAUGUUGAGUCUGGCUCAUAGUAAUAGUUCCACGUCCUUCCCCCCUAAUAGUCUUUAAUUUUAACAUUAAUGUGUAUAUAUAUAUGUGU